GAAAGUGCUUUGGCUUGAAUAAGAAAAAAACGAAAGGGUGUUGAAUGGGUUGAUCGGCGCAUCUGAAGAGAGGAAGAAGAAGAGAAAAUAGGUUUUCAAAUUGUAGAGAGAUAAAGAAGAAGAAGAAGACAUCAAUGGCUGAUUUCUUUAUUCAUUUCUAUGGCUGCUAGCUCUUCUUCUUUACAAACCCAGUAGAAGAAACAUUGAUUAAGGAAGACGGAAAGUCAGGAGUGGGUUUCGGUUUCUCCAUCGUAUUAUCCAAGGAUUUCUUAAGAUUGAUUCCUAUUUUCAGCCUUGAGACCCGCAGAUCCGUCGCUCAAAUCUGCUCUUCUCUCAAUUUGCAAAAGCAUUCAUCCUUAAAGCUCUAGCUUUCUUCUUCUUUAGCCCUAAAUGCAAGGGCAGAGGGGUGCUGUAGGUUCAUUGCCUGAUACAUUAGGCUUACCAAUGUCCUCAAAUGAUUCAACUCUAGAUCAACAGAUCUUCUGGAAUAAUAUGAAUAAUUCUGCAAAUACCAUUCUACCCGAUUAUAUGGGCCCCCCUACUGCCCCCCAUGGAAACUCGAUGAGCUUAGGUGGAUGGUCGUCAUCUUCUUCUUUGCCGAGUCCCUUUAAUGGGGAUAGGCCAUUGUUGGGAUUACCACAGUUUGAACCGGUUCCUGGCUUGCCUUCGUUUGCAGAAAGUUCAAACUCUCGUAGGGAUAUUAACAUCAAUUUGGAGGCUGAAAAUGUUGAUGAGGAUUCUCAAAUUGUCCAACAACAUCCUAACCGUAAAAGAAAGGCUAAUGAAGGACAGUCGUCUAAUGGCGGUUUGACUAUAUCCGAGAAUAAUAGUGUUUUUCCUUCUGAACAUAUUAGUCCGAGGCUUAGUCUAACUAUUGGAGCUGCUUCUGAAGCUCCACUCUCUUCUGGUGGCAAUACUGAUAACUCUCGUAGAAAUUUAAGGGCGAGGACAAAUUCUUUGCGAAGACAAAAUGAAAUUGCAAAUGCGAAUAGUUCUUCUAAUAAUGGUCCGCAGACUCAACAGCUGGCGAGGCUUAUUUCCCUGAAUAAUGGUGCUUCAUCUGAAAGUGGGUUGCCUACAGAUCCUACAAUUUCUCGUAGACGGGCAGCUGUUGGGCCACGACGAACUCCGAUGAUGUCAUCCAGGUGGAAUAGAGGUUCUAGUUCGAGAAAUCAUGUUAAUCCUCCACCGAUAUUUGCAGUUGCCUCUUCUGGGCCUGGUGAAUUAAUUGCGGCUCCGAAUCCAACGAACUUGAAUUUAUUGGGUGGAAAUUUGAAUGGUUCGACUUCUCGCUCUGCUGAUCCUCUUUGGUUUGCUAAUCAAUACCCACAAAGACUUGACAUUCUUCGGCGGUCAUUGAUUGCUGCUUCUGAAAUGGCUCCCAGAGGCUCGACUAAUCUGCAAGAAACACAAAUUCCGAGAGGUGUUGGGGAAGUUGCAUUACCACAGUCUAGACAAGUUGAUGGUGCUUUCGGUCUGCCCUAUUCAUUACGAACUCCAGCUGUUGCUGCUGCUUCCGCCAAUGCAAGACGAAGCAGGAUCAUGUCUGAGAUCCGCAAUGCUUUGGAUCAAAUGCGUCGAGGUGAUGGUUUGCGUCCUGAGGAUGUUAUGGUUCUUGAGCAGUCAAUGUUCUUCAGAAUGGCUGACGCACACAGGGAUAUGAGGCUUGAUGUGGAUAACAUGUCGUAUGAGGAACUGUUGGCUCUAGAGGACCGUAUUGGAUAUGUCAGCACAGGUUUGACUGAAGAAGCAAUCACAAGUCAGCUAAAGAAGAGGAAGUAUUUCACAAUUGCAAUGGGUUCUCAGACUGAGUUUGAACCAUGCUGUAUUUGCCAGGAAGAGUAUAGUGAUGGAAAAGACAUUGGAACAUUGGAUUGUGGGCAUGAAUUUCAUGCUGGUUGCAUUAAACAAUGGCUGACACAGAAAAAUUUGUGCCCCAUUUGUAAAGCAACUGGCUUGAAUAAUACUAAUAAUAACAAUUCAUCAUGAGAAGAACCAUUUAGUUGAGAAAAGAUGAAAGGGGAAGGUGCAGGCUUUGUGGAGAUGAUGACCAAAGCUUGUUGUAGCAUCAUCUCUCUCUUUUUACUCUAUUUAUCAUUUUUCUUUUUAACCUUUUUGGCCCUCUAUAAGAGUUUAUUAAUUGCUAUACAGUAUACUUAUAUUGUUUCAGUAUUCUCUUAUAGAUUUAUUUAUUUUGGGAUUGAUGUCUUUUAUUCUUUGAGGUGGAUUUUGUUUGUUAAUUAAUCCUUUUUUAGCCC